CGGCACUAUUUAAGCUCUCCGGCGGCCAUUUCGCGCCCUUUGGGGCGGCGAUGCGUGAGGCAGGGGAAGGGGUCUGUGUGGCGUGCCAGCUGUUAAGAACAGAGCUGCAGUAGAGGCGGUGAAUGAUGCUGAGCUGCUAACUGGCAAACUGAAACAUGACUGAUACAGAUGAAUCCCAGGCUUCUGCCUCUGAUUACCCUGAUGCCCAAGAGCUAAUAUGCAGUUCGCAGAAGGAACCAUGUAAGGUACAUGCAUGUGAAAAAAAUACACGAAUGGAGUGUUCACGUUCAAGGCAGAAGAAUGCUAUUCCUGAGGAGUCUUCAGAUGAGCUUAACAGUAUAUGUAAAUCAUCAGCUGCUUCAGCUGAGAUUUUACUGGACAGCAGUGAUUCAGAAAUUGAUCUCUCUGCUGCUAGUGGCAGUGAAUACCAUCCUAAGUGCUCCAUUGCACCUUCAAAGCAAAAAAGGACAUCUCAAUCUUCAAGGCAACAAGCUGAAUCUGUUGCAGGAGUGCCUGACAACGAAAGCUCUUCAGAUUCUUCUCUGUCCCCUGCAAGUCCAGUGAAAUCAUCGGAAACUUCCAAGAAGGAGAAGUCAAAACUAAACUUGAAGGCCAUAUUUGCCUAUCACUUCAGGGGAAAGAAGUUUAAGGCUGCUGCACACCGAAAAUACAAGGGUGGCUCAGGGAAGAAGAAGAAGAAAAAGUAUGAGAGCACAGGGAUGCCUACGGGGAGGCCACCACUGACAGCCUCACCACAAGAGCAAAAGAGAAGGCUUCUAGACAGAGGUUUUCAAUUCCCUUUUGUUGAAAAACAUUAUGGGAUGAAGCAUAUUCCCUUAAAGAUGGUUCUUGGAUAUGAGCAAGCAGCUACAAAGGGAUAUUUCCAGUACAUUGAAGUGCUUAAAUAUGAGGAACAUCUUAAAAAAGCUUUAAAAGCCCUUCAGGCUAGUGAAGACUUAGAAAGAGAAUGUCUGGCGGUACGAAAACACAAAUACUUAGAUGAUGAGGGCCCCAUUUCCCCUAUUCAGGAGUUGAAUGAUGAUGAUGAUGACAGCUUGAAUUCUGAUAAUCAAGAAGUUCUUGAUGCCAGAGUAGUGGAGAACAGCUCUUUCAUUAUAAGCAGCAAAAUUCCCAGUAAGAAAAAAACAAAGCCAGAAGCGAAACGUGCAAAAUCAACUGAAGUGAUCGAAGUAGAGGAGGAAGAAGAGUAGGCUGCUGAGAACUCUGGGCUUCUGCAAGGUUCACCUCAGUGAAUGGAAAACUGAGAAAUGAGGUGGCAGUGGUCACUCUUCAGAUACCUUUUUCAUGGCCUACUUGGUUUAAAACAUUGUCCUAAAGUCAAUGCUGAGCUAUCAACUAAGCAACCUAGUCAAAUUUUGUUUAAGGCAUCUACCUGAGAAAUACUCUCUGGCUUGAAAGACUCAUCCUGGAUCUAGGAGUGGGGUUCUUGCUUGUUUGUUGCUUUUGGAAGAUGAAAUGCCACUCAGUUUUCUUGAUGUGCAAGAUGCUGCAGCUGAACGCGCCAGCUCUGCAGCAGUGAGCAGUUGUAACUUCUUUGACUGCUUGAAUUCUUAUGGCUGUUUGCUGGCCUUCUGAUGUACAAGUAUUACUUCGGUGGACUUUCAUGGAACAUGUUAGCAAAAGAUGGGCAUUCCUGUGAUGUCUGGAACACAGUGGCAAGCCUCUACUUCAGGGAAGUCCAUGAUAGUCCAGUCUGAACUAGCAUCUUGGUGGUAUGUAAUUAGAGAAGAUAAGACAAGAAAUGCAGGAUGCCAUUUCACAGAAAUCUGAAGUGCUUGCUAGGGUACUGACUUAUGCUGUUGGUACAAAUGAAAAAAAAAAAACGCUCAAGUGGAAAAGCUUGGUGCUUUAAGGUACAGAACAAAGUGAACUUUGCUGUGUUAAAAGGAUGAGCUGUGGAAGAUGGUAACAACCUGUUUGAUAGUGUCUGCUACCGAGUCCCUGCAUGUCAGAGGGCUGAGAAACACCACCCGAGUGCCACCAAAGUGAGUCUGAAGGUCCUGGUGAUGUUGCUGCAAGGAACUGCACAGCUCUUCCAAGAAAGAACCUUAUCUAUCUUGAGUGUUUACCGCAGUUAACUUAGAAUUAAACAUUCAUUCUAACUUCCCUUGCUGCUUUGUAAAUUGCAGUAGUGCGUGUUGUUUGGAAACCAGUUCAGAAGCACAGGGAGCCUUUGCCCUUACCCAUUCAGUUGUGACUCGCCUGUUUUGCCCUCCUGGGAGAUGUGGCAAAGCUGCCUGCUUUGUGUUGCAGAAGAGCUAACUCAUGAAGCUGAGUAUAUCAAGUUGUGAUUUGACUGGAAAAGGCUUCACCAGCUGUUUUCCCUCACUUCUGUCACUGAACUCAACUGUACUAAAGCUCUGGAGAGGUAGUUCUAUACAGAAUGUCACAGUAUUUAAAUAAAACUGAUCGCUGAAA